ACCCGUGUGGCGCCUGGAAGAGCAUGACAACCUUCCUGGUAUAGUAGGAUUCCAACAAUCCGGCAUCGCUACAGCAUCUCCCUCCUUUCUCAUUCAACGUCCAUACAAACCUCGCCACCGAUCCAUCCAAAGUUUUCAACAUCGCUUCGUGCAGCUCGGUGAUGGCUGCACGAACGAUGGGGAUCGCCUCGGUGACGACCAGUCUGGCGGUGGUGCUGCCGGUGCUGGUGGCGCUGGCUUUCUCCAGGGCUGCGGCGCAGGGCAAUGGCUGCUCCAGCGUGAUGAUGACCCUCUCCCCGUGCAUGGACUUCAUCUCCAGCAAGGCGCCGGAACCAGGGAUCUCCUGCUGCUCGGUGCUCGCCGGAGUGGUCCAGACCGACCCCCGCUGCCUCUGCAUGGUCCUGGAUGGCACCGCGACGUCCUUUGGCAUCUCCAUCAACCAGACGAGGGCGAUGGAGCUCCCUGGAGUCUGCAAGGUCAAAGCACCACCGAUCAGCCACUGCACAGGCGUCCAAGGAGCACCUGCACCAACACCUUCCAAUGAGGCAGCAACAGCAGAGGGGGAAGAAGUUGAGGCAACAGCAGAUUCCCCAAAAGGAUAUGGAGCCUCAAUGACGGAAAGCUCCACAAACUCAAAGAAUGCAGCAAGUUUAAUGGCCACAAUGAUUACUCCCAUCUGUGUGUUGCUCUAUGCCUUCUAAGCGUUCAUACAACUUCAGUGGGAAUUAGGUCUUUCCUGAGUCUUGACCAUGUACUUAACCAUGAUUCUCGGCACAUUUUUGUACGGUAUGAGUUUCUUAUGCGUCACAAUUUCAUCAAAUUCAAAAAUCAAUUCUCAACAAUUUCAGCGGCAUGCAUUCUACAA